GUUGAUCUUUUGAACGCGUAACACAUAAAUAUUAUUUUAUAGUUUUUGAUCGGUAAAAGCUGUUUAAGUAACCGGUAAAAAAUUCAAGUCUAAACUGUUGUUACAAGUGGAAAUUAUUACAAAACUAUAAAUUUUGAGUUAAAUUUACUGAAAAAAUAACGACGAUUAUUACGAAAUAUUUUUUUUUUCUUCAAUAAUAAAAUAAUUGGUUUUAUUUAGUGAAGCAGAGCAAACGGUCAAAAACAAUGUUUUUCACUUAUUUUGUGUUUUUAAUUUUAUCAAUUAGCAAUGCUAUUGCUAAACCACAGUUAUUCACUUUUAAAGAUGGGAAUGUUGGAGUUAAUUUCUUAGGAUUCAAUGCUCAAGCUGGACUAGGGGGCUUACUGACAGGUAAUACAGCACAUGGUGGUUUAAGUGCUUCAGCGGGUACACCAUUUGGUCAGAGGGCUGCAGCUGGUAUUGGAGGAAGAAAUGGCGACGGUGGAACGUACGGUGGAGCAUUUGCUGCUGCAACAGCUGGAAAUGGUGUCUCAGCAGGAGCAGGUUUAGGUGGUAAUGCUGCUACAGGUGGGGUUUUAGGAGCUGAAGCUAGUGCUGGUGGUGUUACAAAAAAUGUAAUUAAAACCGUAGGAACUGUUCAAGAUACCUCAGAAAUUCAUAAUGAAUAUCCCCCAACAACAGUUUCCGAUCAACCUAAUACAGGUGUUGUACAAAAAAUUAAACCACCUAAAAAAUAUGGAGUCGGUCAUAUUAUUGAAGAGGAAAAUAAUGGUGAUAAUGAUGAUGAUGGUCAAAUUGAUGUUGACACAAGACUUACAAAAACCAAUGAUGAAUCGAUACAAUUACCAAAAGCAAAUACAAAUAUUAAUAUUGAAAAAACGAUAAUUACUUCAAUUAAACCGCAAUUAGCAGCAUCUGCAGUUGUAGUAGACAAAUCGAAAUCAAUUGUGGAUAAUAGUGACUUUCAAACAUCAGAUGUAGUUUUAGUACCACAGUCAAAAGUAUUAACAUACCGUAAAAAACUUAGACCUUUUAGACAACGUUUAAAUGUUCAAAAAUAUUUAGCACCAAUCUCAUAUCAGCAACCAUUAUCAGUUGAGGUUGAAAAAAGAAAUCAACCUGCCGUUGCUCCAAUCGAAUAUUCAAAAACAAAGACAACAAUUCUAGCAACACCCUCUCAAGGAUCACAAACGCAUUCAGUUUCAGCUGAAGGUCAAUUUAAUUCAAAUGGUUUCUUUGACGGAAUAUUCAAUAUUCCGAUAUCAACAUUAAGGGCUCUUAAUGAUUUUCUUAAUCAAGGCUUUGCACAAGGAAGCGUAGGAGUUAGAAAGACAGUGAAUGUACAAACCCAUUAAUAAAUAAUAAUAAAUUUUGAAAUUUUUUUUUAUUCUUUUAUUAAAAAAGAAAUAUUUUUUUGUAUGUGUAUAAACUUUUUGUAUUGAUAGUAA